AAUUAUCAUUUCAUUUUCACUGACAUUGUUAUACAACCAUACCAGUUGACAUGACUCCAGAUUAAUUCGUUCAAAGGGUGAGGCAGCUGUUGUUAGCGUUGUAUCGAUGUUCUUAAUGGUAGUCUUGGUCACUGAAAUUAAGUUUUUACUAGAAUGGCAACCCAUCUGAAAUUUUAUUUUUCAAAGCGUUAAAAUAUGAAGACUGAAAGUAAAAAAAAAGAGCAUGUAUGCAGUAGUUUGUUUGUUUGCUUGAACGUCAAGUAUAUUUCUUGUUUGUUCUGCUCGCAUUUAGAAUGCAUAAAGUGAAAAAAUUUAUUGACAUAAUGCGUAAAAAAAGACGUCAUUCAUACAUUCUGCGAGCGCGUUAGAAGAGAAAAACAUGCCAGAAAGCAUAUCGCCAGAAUCAUUUGAUCAGUAACAGAAGAAUGAGGAAAUAGAAUAUAUUAUACUAUGAAUUUGUUGUAGCUAAGAAUGCACCAGUGACGGUGAAUCAUCGGUGCCACCGUACACCUGAUGCACCGACCCCAAUAUGUCACGCUAUUUUUCAAGAUCUAUUAAUGUAUUAGACGAAUUAAUCUGGAUUCAUGUCAACUGGUAUGGUUGUAUAACAAUGUCAGUGAAAAUGAAAUGAUAAUUAUAGUUGAAAAAUUACGUAAACUCGUUCAUUAUACCAAAAUAUUUGACAAUACGCAAGCAUGCAAAGAUUAUAUUGAACGAACAAAAUAUUUAACAACAUUUCUUGUUACCUCUUUUGAAUAUGCCGAAAUAAUUGUACCGCAGAUACAUCAUUUUGAAAGCAUCCAAUCCAUUUAUAUUUAUUUUGUUGAUAAAGAACAUCAGCAGCAAUGGAUAUCAGAUUAUUCUAAAGUAACUAAAUACAUAUCAAUUAAUGAGCAAUUACUGAAUGUUCUAAGAAAUGAUGUGCAAAAAUAUCUAAAACGAGAAAAAGAGCGAUUUUUCGAUGAUAGGAAAGAACGUGAUUUUACAACAGAAAAUGUUCAUUCAUGGUGGAUAUUUUUUAUUGAAUUCUUAUGUUAUAUUCCAUAUCGAGAUCGUAGAAAAGAAUUUCUGAUUUAUUUUUUAAAAACACACUAUGAUUGUGCGGAGAGUCACUUAAAAACAUUGGAAGAAUUUGAACGCGAUUAUCAACCGAAUAACGCUAUUGAGUGGUAUACAUUAGACUCAUUUUUAUACAGUUUAUUAAACAGAGGCCUACGUCAAAAAGAUAUUGUUACAGCAUACAUAUUUGGCUUCUUUCUUCAAGAUUUAUAUCAACAAUUAAAGUAUGAACAUGAAGUAUUCAAAUUAAACUGUUUAGAAAGAGAAGAACCUUUUUCGAUAUGA